AAGCCUUUUUAUUUAUUCAACGGUUAGGAUUCACCCGAUAAACCACUGCUGAACUCAGAAAGUUGGUUCUCUUAUUUAUCACUCUUUCAUCUGUUUUUGCUCUCGCAGCUUCUCUUGAAGAUCGUAUAGCAUUCCGGAAAAAAUGGGAAUCAGAUUUGGAGCUUUUGCGCUAACGUUUCUCCUUUCAAGCCUGUUAUAUUCACUUGCGUUUUCUGCGUCAAAUGAUGGAUUGCUCAGAAUUGGACUAAAAAAGUUGAAAUUGGAUCAUAACAAUGGGCUUGCUGCUAGGCUCGAGUCGAAGGAGGCAAAGGAUUUGAGGGCCUCAAUUAGGAAGUAUAAUUUCCGAGGUAAACUUGGGGAUGGCUCAGACACUGACAUUGUAGCAUUGAAGAACUACAUGGAUGCUCAGUAUUUUGGAGAAAUUGGUGUCGGUACUCCACCGCAGAAAUUCACUGUGAUUUUUGAUACUGGUAGCUCUAAUCUGUGGGUUCCGUCUACGAAAUGUUACUUUUCUGUCCCUUGUUACUUCCACUCCAAGUACAAGUCCAGCGAGUCGAGUACUUAUAAAAAGAAUGGAAAAACUGCUGCUAUUCGCUAUGGAACUGGGGCUAUCUCUGGAUUCUUCAGUGAGGAUAAUGUCAAAAUUGGUGACAUAGUUGUGAAGCGCCAGGAAUUUAUUGAGGCAACAAGAGAACCUAGUGUUACAUUCUUGGUGGCCAAGUUCGAUGGCAUAUUGGGACUUGGUUUUAAAGAGAUAUCAGUUGGAAAUGCAACCCCCGUGUGGUACAAUAUGGUUAAACAAGGCCUCGUUAAAGAACCUGUAUUCUCAUUUUGGCUCAACCGGAAUGUGGAGGAAGAAGAGGGCGGUGAACUAGUCUUUGGUGGGAUGGAUCCAAAUCAUUUUAAGGGCAAGCAUACAUAUGUUCCCGUGACACAAAAAGGAUAUUGGCAGUUUGAUAUGGGUGAUGUACUCAUUGAUGGUAAAGAAAGUGGAUACUGCAAUGGUGGAUGUUCGGCAAUUGCAGACUCUGGCACUUCUCUCUUAGCCGGUCCAACGACUGUGGUGACGAUGAUUAAUCAUGCUAUUGGAGCAGUUGGAGUCGUUAGCCAAGAGUGCAAGGCUGUUGUUGAACAAUAUGGGCAAACUAUCAUGGAUCUUCUUUUGACGGAGGCUCAUCCAAAGAAGAUAUGCUCCCAAGUUGGGUUAUGCACAUUUGAUGGAACUCGUGGCGUUAGUGCUGGCAUCGAAAGUGUGGUGGAUGAAAAAGAUGGCAGAUCAUCUGGCUUGGGUGACGCUAUGUGCUCUGCUUGUGAGAUGGCUGUUGUUUGGAUGCAAAAUCAACUUAGACGGAAUCAAACUCAAGAUCGCAUCUUGAACUAUGUCAACGAGCUUUGUGAGCGGCUCCCUAGUCCUAUGGGACAAUCAGCUGUGGAAUGUGGAAGCAUUUCCUCUAUGCCCAGUGUCUCGUUCACUAUUGGUGGAAAAAUUUUUGAUCUCUCACCACAUGAGUACAUACUGAAGGUGGGUGAGGGUGCUGCUGCGCAGUGCAUUAGCGGUUUCAUGGGUCUUGAUAUUCCUCCUCCACGUGGGCCACUUUGGAUUUUGGGAGAUAUGUUCAUGGGGCGCUACCACACCGUCUUUGAUUCCGGGAAGCUGAGAGUUGGGUUUGCUGAAGCUGCGUAGACAGCUCCACACCUCCUUAAUGUUAAUAUCGUUGUUUAUGUUUUAUCUUUGAGCAAACAUUGUGGUCGGAUAAUUACUUUUAAGGGUGUUGUAUGAACGAGUUAUGUUAAUAUAUGCUUUCCGUUUACCCUU